UGUUUGUCAUGUUCAGUUGUCAUUGUCAAAGCAGCACAACUUGUCAAAAUGGCACGUCAGCAACAAGAUGUUGAUGAACUUUUUGAUGUUAAAAAUGCUUUUUACGUUGCAAAUUACCAACAAGCCAUCAACGAGGCACAAAAUGUGAAACCUUCUUCUCCCCUGGUAGCACUUCAAAGAGAUGCUUUCCUGUACCGAUCAUACAUUGCUCAGGGUAACUUCAGGAUUGUGCUGCAAGAACUGAGAACAGCCGAUCCUAUGUUACAACCACUGAAGAGUUUGGUGGAGUAUCUGUCUCCUGGUGCUAAUAAGCCAGCAAUAGUUGCUGAUAUUGAUGCUAAAGUUGCAAAGGGUAUAGAGCUGUCAAAUGAAGUGUUCCUCAUAGUGGCUGCCACAAUUUAUUAUCAUGAAGAAAACUAUGAAGCUGCCUUGAAAAUUCUCCAUGGAACUGAAGCACUGGAAUUGCGUGCCUUUACCUUGCAAUGCUUGCUGGCUAUGAACAGGCCGGACUUGGCUCGCAAGCAGUUGAAGGCUCUGCAGGAUAUAGAAGAUGAUGGUACCUUGACACAACUGGCACAAGCUUGGCUGAAUCUAGCACAGGGUGGUCCGGGCGUGCAGGACGCGCACUACAGUAUAAUGGAGCUGGCAGAGAGACUUGGUACCCUGGGCGCUAGACCCGCAGCUGUGGGGGCCGCCGCCGCCGCCUCCAGGGGUAUGUGGGAGGAAGCGGAGCAGAUGCUGAUGGAAGCGCAGACGCGGGCGCCGCAGCAGCCCGAGCUCCUGCUGGCGCUGGCCGUCACUGCAGCGCACAGCGGGAAACCGCCAGAGGUGUCAAGUCGCUACCUGGCACAACUGCUGGACUCUCACGCCGAGCACCCCUUCGCGAAGGAGUACAACGCGAAGAGCAACGAGUUCAAACGUCUCUGCGCGCAGUACCAGCCCUCGGUGGCGAGCUAAGUGCACCCCUUCAAUGACAUAUUUAGGGUUUGUCUGUUUUUCCAAAAUUUUCAAUCCCAUCUUACAAUAGACUGCGAAGUAAUCGUAGCGCUGUCAUACACAGCAAUGAGAUUCCAAGUUAUUAUUUUUUUGAUUUUGGAUUUUUUUACUGGUUGAAUUCCAUGUAAACAAUCUAGCAGAUAAUGUAGUUUAGCAAAUGUGAUUUUUAUUCAGUUCAGAUAGAUUUUAAUAAAUAUGAUGUAUUUUCACAUAUGAUUUUUCUUGUUAUGCUGUAUGUAAGAAUAUUAUAUUUAAAUAAAUGUAUUGUAAACUUAAAA